UUAACCCCUGGCUGAUAUAAAACAGGCUAAAUAACACUUGUUACAUUAACCCCUGGCUGAUAUAAAACAGGCUAAAUAACACUUGUUACAUUAACCCCUCACUGAUAUAAAACAGGCUAAAUAUCACUUGUUACAUUAACCCCUGGCUGAUAUAAAACAGGCUAAAUAACACUUGUUACAUUAACCCCUCGCUGAUAUAAGACAGGCUAAAUAACACUUGUUACAUUAACCCCUCACUGAUAUAAAACAGGCUAAAUAACACUUGUUACAUUAACCCCUGGCUGAUAUAAAACCGGCUAAAUAACACUUGUUACAUUAACCCCUGGCUGAUAUAAAACAGGCUAAAUAACACUUGUUACAUUAACCCUCACUGAUAUAAAACAGGCUAAAUAACACUUGUUACAUUAACCCCUCACUGAUAUAAAACAGGCUAAAUAACACUUGUUACAUUAACCCCUGGCUGAUAUAAAACAGACUAAAUAACACUUGUUACAUUAACCCCUCACUGAUAUAAAACAGGCUAAAUAACACUUGUUACAUUAACCCCUCACUGAUAUAAAACAGGCUAAAUAACACUUGUUACAUUAACCCCUGGCUGAUAUAAAACCGGCUAAAUAUCACUUGUUACAUUAACCCCUGGCUGAUAUAAAACAGGCUAAAUAUCACUUGUUACAUUAACUCCUGGCUGAUAUAAAACCGGCUAAAUAUCACUUGUUACAUUAACCCCUGGCUGAUAUAAAACCGGCUAAAUAUCACUUGUUACAUUAACCCCUGGCUGAUAUAAAACCGGCCAAAUAACACUUGUUACAUUAACCCCUGGCUGAUAUAAAACCGGCUAAAUAUCACUUGUUACAUUAACCCCUGGCUGAUAUAAAACCGGCUAAAUAUCACUUGUUACAUUAACCCCUGGCUGAUAUAAAACCGGCUAAAUAUCACUUGUUACAUUAACCCCUGGCUGAUAUAAAACCGGCUAAAUAUCACUUGUUACAUUAACCCCUGGCUGAUAUAAAACAGGCUAAAUAUCACUUGUUACAUUAACCCCUGGCUGAUAUAAAACCGGCUAAAUAUCACUUGUUACAUUAACCCCUGGCUGAUAUAAAACCGGCUAAAUAACACUUGUUACAUUAACCCCUCACUGAUAUAAAACAGGCUAAAUAACACUUGUUACAUUAACCCCUCGCUGAUAUAAAACAGGCUAAAUAUCACUUGUUACAUUAACCCCUGGCUGAUAUAGAGGGCACAUUGUAGAAGCUUUGGAACAUUGCAGCUGGGUUUGAACAUUUGAAUUGAAUGCUCCAUAACAGUCGGUAAAUGAGUCCCUAUUUUGCAUCUGUUAUUGCUUACAAAGAGAAACACAAUAAUAUGAUAUCUAAUUCUGCUUAAUGUGUAGACACAUUUUGUCAUCAGAUAAGUGUCACUCACAUAUUCACACACAGAGCUCUCUGAUUCCUGUAGGUAACCCAGGAAGCUUCCCUAAGUCUAUAGAUGCGUUUGCGUUUGAUGACGACAGCAGCAGCAGCGAUGGGUUUUCCCCUGGGGAGCAGAGAAAUGAGGACAGCCAAGAAGCAUCCCCCCAACAGGAGACCAAACAACAAGACAGCAGCAGCUUGCCCCCCUCUGAACCUGUGCAGCAUUGUUCCCAAGGAUCAGAAAAUGAGACAAAGGAACUAAACAUGAUUCCAAAUUCAUCCUGCCCACUGCACUCUGAGGGUCAGCUGUCCCCUGUGAUUCCUGUCACUGCUGUGGUCAAGUGUAAAACUCAAAGUGACCUCAAGAAUAGACACAAAAAAAACAAAGACAUCAAACCUAAAGUAAAGAAGCUAAAGUAUCACCAAUACAUUCCUCCGGACCAGAAGGCAGAUAAGUCUCCUCCACCCAUGGACUCUGCUUAUGCCCGACUGCUCCAGCAGCAGCAACUUUUCCUUCAGCUGCAGAUCCUGAGCCAGCAGCAACAGCAACACUUCAGCUAUCAAGGAAUGCCGCAUUCCCAGCCCAAGCAGCCAAGUGAGCAAAUAUCCCGCUAUCCCAAUACGUCCUCAGUAAAUAGCCCAUCCCUGUCUCCUGUGAAGACCACAUUCUCUGGCCAAAGCAGCAUUAAUUCCAUGAAACCUGGACCACUUCCUACUAACCUGGAUGAUCUUAAAGUUUCAGAGCUGAGACAACAGCUAAGAAUCCGUGGCCUCCCAGUGUCUGGCACCAAGACCUCUCUGAUGGAGCGCCUGCGGCCUUUCCAGGAAUGCAGCGGUAAUUCAGUGCCCACUUAUGGAGAGAUCACCACAGUCACCUUUCCUGUCACACCUAACAUGGCACUUUCAGGAUAUCAGUCUCAUUCCUCAGCUGGCAUGAUUUCAAAUGGAUUUUAUCAGUUUGGCAGCACCAGUUCCACACCACCAAUAUCACCUGCUUCGUCUGACCUCUCAGUUAGUGGCUCUUUGCCAGAUACAUUCAGUGAUGGACCAAUGUCUUCUCCUCAGUUUGGUCUGCACCCUUCCCCCAUUCACCUUAGUGCUGACGAAAGCCUCAUGAGCAGCAUCAACAGUGGUAGUUACCAAGCAGAACUGGAAGGAAUUGAUGCAGAAAAGGACAAAAUGUUGGUUGAGAAACAAAAGGUCAUUAAUGAGCUAACUUGGAAGCUUCAACAAGAGCAGAGACAAGUGGAGGAGCUGAGGAUGCAACUUCAAAAGCGAAAGGGACCUCUUGAGAAGCCGUUUCAGUCUCAGCACUUCUUUGGUGUCCACAUCAAACAGGAAAAUGUGUCCAGCUGCCCUUAUGCUGCCAAACAAAUGGCUCUGAAAGCCCAGACACAUAACCCAGUUGAGAAUGCUUGUGGAACACCUUCUGUGCCUUGCCUUGUGAACCCUCACUGCAUGGAGAACACCAACCAGAACUCUAUAAUGUCUUCCACAUUCCUGAGUCCACAGUGUUCGCCUCAACAUUCCCCAAUAGGAACUGCAAACAGCCCUCAGCACAUCAGCUUACCCCCUUCACCCAAUAGCCAUUAUCUUCUACCAGUAUCUCCUGGAUCCCAGGGAGAUGGGCGCAGUGUGUCCCCUCAUGUUAAGAGGGCCCAUGGCACACAGAAAACUGGGAACACUGUGGGCUUCUCUCCAAAUCAGAACAAUUUACAGUCUCCUUUUAUCGACCAAUCAGAGAGCAAGUCAAGUAAUCAGGAACAUGCAUCGCCAAAAAGUCCCAGCAUGCACAGCAAGGUUUUACCAACAGCUCCCCAAGCAGGCCAAAAGCUUUCAGUUCCUUGUCCGAAUUUCCCUAAAGCUGCCUCUAAUGGGUCAAAGCAGCUCCCCUCGUAUGAGGACGCUGUAAGACAGCAAAUCACUAGAAGCCAACAGAUGGAUGAGCUACUGGACGUUCUCAUUGAGAGUGGAGAAAUGCCAGCCAAUGCCAAAGAAGAACAAACUUGUGUUCAUAAGCUGCACCAACUGACCAUACCAACUGGAAACACCAACUCACCCACUACAACUGCCCAUAUGCCAUAUGACAACUGUUCAAACAGCAAUGACAAUCAUCUUGAAGUCUUACUGAAUUCCCACAGCCCAAUAGUUAGACCAAGUGAAAUGUCGCUACUUAAAAUUGCAAAUGAGGAGUCUCAUUUUGAAGGCGUCAUGGAUGGAUUUCCAGUAAAAGCAACUGCAAAAGAAGUUAUCCCCUCCCGAGAAAUUUUAGAUACAUCUCUCUCUCCAAUGGAAACACAGUUGUCUCCAUCAUCUGUAGAAAACAAUGCCCUGCAACACUUAAGUUUCACAGAAUCUCCUUGGGAGAGCAUGGAGUGGUUGGAUUUGACACCACCAAGUUCUGCCACUGGCUUAGGCUCUCUCACCACGACAGGCCCCAGUAUCUUCAACACAGAUUUUUUAGAUGUUACUGAUCUUAACUUGAACACUGCCAUGGAUCUGCACCUAGAGCAGUGGUAACAGCCAAAAUACUUAAUGGUCUACAGUUGCCAAAUGCACCUUUUUAAUAUAACCAGCAUUGACUUUAAAGCUAUUCCAGAAGACCAGAAAAUUGCACAAUUAAAGUGCUUGUCCAAUGGCAUCAGGUCAGAGAAGCUUGGGACAACGUCUCUAUCACUUAAAACUAUUAUUAGAUUAUGUACAUGCUCUCAUCGUGCUCGGUCAAGGUGUCUGGAAAUAUAGGUUCAUUAUAAUCUGUCCUACGAUGCAGUAACAAAAAAAAACAUAGUUCUUGACCCACAACACCUUUGCACAGAGUUACAGUCUCCAUAAAGGAAGAUGCCAAUCUUUAUCCUCUCCCCUGAAAAAUCAUGGCAGCCAUGUUGUGUAUCCACGAACACAGGAUUUUCAAGAUGGUGAUGAUUCUAGUUAUUAAACUUGGUCUUAGAUUAAUGUAUGCCAAUUGUAUUAACAUAACUUUGUUGAUUGUACAAAUGUUUACCCUGUCACCUUAACAAAGGACAGCUUAGACCAAAGAA